GCCAGCCACAUACGUGCAAGGCGCUGGGGAUCCGGGAUGAGACAGGGUUUCAGACAUCCUGGAAGAACCCACGAGCAGGUUUGGGGCCAAGACCUUCACAUAAGUGAUGCCAUCUGCAAUUUUGUUAUCUGCAAUGAUUCUUCCCUUCGAAGUCAGCCCAUUAUCUUCAAUCCUGACUUUUUUGUGGAGAAACUCCGACAUGAGAAACCUGAGGUGUUCACCGAGUUGGUGGUCAGCAAUAUCACAAGGCUCAUCGACUUGCCUGGAACUGAGUUGGCUCAGCUGAUGGGAGAAGUGGACCUUAAGUUGCCUGGUGGGGCCGGCCCGGCAUCAGGAUUCUUCCGGUCUCUAAUGUCUCUCAAGCGAAAGGAAAAAGGAGUAAUAUUUGGAUCCCCACUGACAGAGGAAGGCAUUGCCCAGAUAUACCAACUGAUUGAAUAUCUACACAAAAACUUGAGAGUAGAGGGUUUGUUUAGAGUACCAGGGAAUAGUGUCCGACAGCAGAUUUUAAGGGAUGCUCUCAAUAAUGGAACUGAUAUCGACUUGGAAUCAGGGGAGUUUCACUCAAAUGAUGUUGCUACCUUGCUGAAGAUGUUUCUAGGAGAAUUACCUGAGCCCCUGCUGACACAUAAACAUUUCCAUGCACACCUCAAAAUUGCUGAUUUGAUGCAGUUUGAUGAUAAAGGAAACAAGACCAAUGUACCAGAUAAAGAGCGGCAAAUUGAGGCUCUUCAGUUGCUCUUCCUCAUUCUCCCUCCACCCAAUCGUAACUUGCUGAAGUUAUUGCUUGAUCUCCUGUACCAGACAGCAAAGAAACAAGACAAGAAUAAGAUGUCUGCCUAUAACCUUGCCCUUAUGUUUGCGCCCCAUGUCUUGUGGCCAAAAAAUGUCACUGCAAAUGACCUUCAAGAGAAUAUCACAAAGUUAAACAAUGGGAUGACUUUUAUGAUUAAACACUCUCAGAAACUUUUUAAGGCUCCUGCUUAUAUUCGGGAAUGUGCCAGAUUGCACUAUUUGGGUUCCAGAACGCAAGCAUCAAAGGAUGAUCUUGAUCUGAUAGCUUCGUGUCAUACCAGCUCCUUCCAAGUGACAAGAUCUCAGAAAUGGAACCGGCGAGAUUCCUGCCUUCAUCAGGAGGAGACCCAGCAGCGUACGGGAGAGGCACUAAGAGAAUUGUUCCAACAUGUUCACAAUAUGCCAGAGUCGGCAAAGAAGAAACAGCUUAUCAGACAGUUUAAUAAGCAUUCUGAGACCCAAACACCAGGACGAGAACCUUCUACCCUCCGGGUGCAGAAGAGGGCCCGUUCACGGUCCUUCAGUGGCCUUAUUAAGCGGAAGGUCCUGGGAAAUCAGAUGACGUCAGAAAAGAAAAACAAGUACCCUACUCCAGAAUCUGUAGCCAUUGAUGAAUUGAAGAGAACCAGCAAAGAAAAUAUGAAUUUAUUAUUUUCUGGAUCUCUAUCUGUCAUGAUGACACCAACAAGACUGAAAUGGUCUGAGGGGAAGAAAGAGGGGAAAAAAGCCUAGGAUUCCUCUGAAGGAUCCAGAGGUUUCCUGUUGUCCGCCCAGAAUUUUCUCUUUUGUGGGCCAGGUGCCAUUACCGCUCACAGAGAAGCUUGGACUUGCAGCUUGCUUGCUGCAUGUUGAAUUGUGAAAGCCAACUAAUCCUGUGACUUGACUGACGCCUCUUACCCCACUCAGUGGGUGACAUCUACAGACUCUGCCUGCUGAACCAGUGCUAGCGACUCUCUCUCUCUCUUUUAAAAAAAAUGUUAUGGGGAAACCACUAACCAGCCAAAUCAGCCUAGACAGCACAGUAGAUGAGUAGAACCAGGCAGACUCCUGUGCUCAUUCCACGUAUUUGUUUAGGCAGAUUCGAUUUUUAAAACAUUUGAAAUCUGUGCUCAACUGCCAGUGAUGUUUUUAAAAAGUGCUGUCAAUCCUGGUGGAUUGAUAUUAUUUUUAACUGAUAGCUUGGGCUUUUCUCUAUUUUGAUAGUUUUGGGGGAUAUUUUGGUUAUUGUUUCUUGUUUAUUUGUUGUUUGUGUAUUUUAAAAGGUAAAGAAUCAAAGUGGGCUCUAAGCCAGAUGUCUUUCCUCUCUUUUUCACCUUAAGCUUUGGGAAAGCUCUUUAUCUUAUGAGGCUUUACUCCUCAAUACCUAUUUGUGUACAAAGAAUUUAUAGCUUUCCUGGAAAUUUUUUAUUAUUUCUUGGGCCUGAGAUUGUAGGUAUUGGGCCUGCAGUAUCAAAAAAGGAGAAUUCAGAAUGAUACAAUAUUUAAACAAAUAAUGUUAAACUGUGGCCCUUCUUCCCUCCCUCCAUCCUCUCUCCUUUCCUCUCUUCCCCUUUCCUCAGUGAUGUCAAAAUGGUUGUGUGGUUGCUGAACUCCUUUCCUUCAUUCAGUUUCCUUUCUCCUAAAACAUCUCUGGUGCCAGUGUGGUGCCAGUACUUCUGUGACAAAUCACUGGGACUCAAGGAAUGUCACCAACAGCUCACUUGAGGCUUGCUGAAACUCCUGUAUGUAGUGGAAGCUCUGGAGGGGGACUAGGAUGGGGCUGGCUUUAUGGCCAGGACAACUCUUGAUGGGUGGGAUUAUAUUGCAUCCUUCUAAGGGAUCAGGUGUGCAGGCUGGACCGUCUCCUGAGAGCCAGCUGGAGUCAGAGGGAGGAAGUGAGCAUCAGUCUCCAUGGGGCUGAGAGAUUUAAAGGAGAGAAUGCCCUUAUUUGGAAGCAGUUGUGGUUUAUCACCCAUGUUCAAGGGCGGCUGCUGGCCCACCCCUCUCCUUGUCACGAUGGGCAUGGGGAGCAGUUUGGAGAUGGGCUGGAGCUUUGACUGGGUUGGGAUGUUCACAUGUGUCUGAGGUGAGCAGUGGGAUGGCUCUGAUCUAGUGUGGGAGCUCACUGCCCAGAGCGCAGCAGGGGCAGGUGGGAGUGUUAGUCUGUGCCUGCUCUGUUAGGUGUGUAACCUUUCUCACCCUGUGUGCCGGAACUGAGUCAGGCCUCAGCGCGGGGGGUUGGGGGGGGCAGUUGCCCAGCAAACCAUGACUUGCUGACCUAUUUUUAAACAGUUGAAAUGCUGUGUUGUUGCUGAAACAAAAGAUGACUCUGGGUAGCACAGUUUGGUUUUGCAUCCGGAUGUCAGUCCUGGCUUCCAUAUUUUCUGUUUCUUCUGCUGCUGUAACAGCAGUAGUAGAGAAAAAUGUAAAAUUUGGCUGUCCAACUUGAUAGAUUGUGAACAAUAGGUGGUUAGGAGUAUAAAACUGCUCAGAAGCCCCUUUCUCUAGAGCAGUUUUAUAUCAUUCUUAAAAAUACUUAUUUGCAAGUUCCUUUGUGGAGGGUUCUUCUAUUUGACUUUUUUGUUAUAAAAUUCCUUGCACCAGCUGUCAGUGAGUUCAAACAGAGACCCCUUUUGGUAUGACCAGGCUAAAGUGUGUUCUCCCUUAACUUGAUACUUGCUUGCUUUAUUUGUCUAAGUGCCUCAUUCCGUAGUGGUGUGGUCUGUUAAACAUGGUCUGGCAUAGGUGGAGAGAGCAGAGCAGUGACCUGAUACCUCCUUGUCAUCGAGUUUGUUCUGUGGUUCUAUUUAAGGGAGGUAGCUGAGAUUUAGGAGACUUUCUGUGGUUGAAUGCAACUGGUAAUCCAGGCUCGUGUUCCGGGGCUGGAGUGGUGAGAGAUGUCUGUCACAUGCUUUUAUAUAGCUUGCCCCCUUGGGCAGUUUAUUUGUGUAUUUGGGUAUGUGUGUUUCAUUAAAGUAUUUAUUAAAUAUGAUUUCCCUUGCUGUAAGGGUAUGAUAGGUCUUUUCCUUCUUUUUUCUUUUUUAACAGAAGCUGUGAACUAGUUGGAAUCCAAAUUUGAGAAAUAAACAGCGUAACCUUCUGCCUUAUAAUAUAUAACUGUUCUAAUCCUGUGGAAUCUUUGCAAAAACAAAAACCCUUUAGCAUUUGCUACAGAAGGGUACUGUUGCCCUUCUGACUUGGUGGGCAGAUGUUUUUGAGCCAGUAUUUAACAAUUUUUAAAAUCUAUAAUAUUUUAAAAAUCUGUUUUCUAUGUUUAUUUUUUGUGUUGGAACAAUCUCUUUGGAAAUGCCUCUUGUUGCUUUUAAAAUUUCAUUUCUUUCUGGGGUCAGUUGCAAUGGGUUUUGAUGUGAUAUCAAUAUGGGGCAGUGUAUUUAUGCCAGAGGGCUCAAGCAUAAAAAAUGCAGACCACUUCCUUGAUUCAGAUCUGUACUGGGUGAGCUAUACUGGUUGAAUCAGUGAAAACCAUGGGCACUGGAGUUUCUAACCUUUUACAGUGGUGGACUUUUGCACUGGGACCAAUGAAUCUGGUUUGAAAGACUCCAUUGCAGCAGUGAAAGAGGAUUAAGUGAUACUGAUUGUACCUGAGUGCCAAAACAUAUUAAAGGAGGUGGUAUCUAAUGAAUCAUAACUGAAUCCGCAGUUGAUCCUCCACAAGCUCAUUACCCUGAAUGUCUUUGCAGAGUUAGGAAUGACGAGGGGGUACCCUUGGGAAAUGGAGUAGUAUAGGGUUAACUGCGCUGACCACUGGGUGUUCCAGAGGUGGCUGUUUUGCUGGCUUGUAAGAAAGCCAGUGGUUCCAGAGUCAGAGCAGGGCCGUUCUCUCCUCUGGAACAGCAGUGUUUCUGUUCAGCUUUUCUCACAGAAACCUAUGUUAGGAUACGGUUUAAAACACUGCCUUCUAGGAGAACCUGUGGUCCCAGAGUGACUAGCUGUGUGGCCAUGCAUAACUGGGGAAGCCAUCUUAGGAAUGACUCCUCUAGACUUUAUCUGCUUCCUUCAUACAGGGCCUCGCACAGAUGCUUGAAACUGACGGCUCUCAUUCUGAAGUCUUUUCUAAGUAGAACUCCUUUCCCCAGGAGAGAGCCUCGUCCCUGCCCUCCUGCAUCUGGAAGCCUUGGUACUGAAGACAGGACCUUGAUCCAAACUGGAUACUAGCAAUUGGCAGGAUUGCUCUAGAAUUUGGGGAAGAUUUGGGUUUCUAAGAUGCACAAGCUUUUCAGACCAGUGGUAGUUAAUCCAGUCUAAAACUCACUAUAGGAGAGCUGGCUUUCCUAGACAGGUAAUGCUGAACUCUUUCCACAGGUGGAGAGUGGAUGGGUGGGCUAGCAAGGAGGUGGAGUAAGUACUUAAAAGCCUGAGUGCUUGGGUUACCACGGAAACUGGAGUGUGCGUGGCCAUAGCAGGUGCUAAAGAGCCAUUGAGCACUCCCCCAGACAUGUUUGGGGACCAGCGGAACUGUUUGGGAAAAACACUCCUGCCCCAGGGUCCUUUCUUCUUAGCAAGGAUUGCCUUUUCGCUCUCCCCAAGCCUGCUCAACAAGAGAAACAAGGUUUCUUAACUGUCUAACCAUUUUUUAUUUUUCAUUCUUAUUCAACUAUAUCAUAUAUAUAUUUAUAUAUAUAUGUAACUGUAAAGAAACAUAUGCGUUGUU